AUGGAGUUUAAGAUAGUGUUAUUUUGCAUGUUUUUGUUCAUCAAUAUCAUACUGAGCCAUGCAGCAAUGAACAAAUUUACUGUCAAGUCCAUUAAGAGCCAAGACGGGGACGUGAUUGACUGUGUGGAUAUCUAUCAUCAGCCAGCAUUCGACCACCCAUUGCUCAAAGAUCACACCAUCAAGGUCGCGCCCAGCUAUCAUCCAGAAGGAUCAAAUAAUGGUAAAAAGCAGAAGGUUCCGCAAAUAUGGCAAUUGAGCGGAGAAUGCCCGGAAGGAACCAUUCCUAUUAGAAGAACAGAAAAUGGAGCAGCAUCCAUGACAAAGAAGAAACCGAUUUUUUCUAGUUCAAUAAGCACCGAUGCCGAUGUCCAGCUUCGUCACGAGUAUGCGUAUACACAAACACCAACGGGCAAAUACUUUGGAACAAAAGCAAUCAUAAACGUAUGGCAACCAUACGUAGAGGGUUCACGAGAAUUCAGUUUGUCUCAACUUUGGAUUGUAGCCGGCUGGGGUUCAACUCUCAAUACUAUUGAAGUCGGUUGGCACGUCUUCCCGCAGAUAUAUGGAGGAAGUAAUAGCACAAGACUUUUCAUUUACUGGACUAAUGACGGUUAUCGGACGACUGGAUGCUAUAACUUGGGUUGCGCGGGUUUUGUUCAGACCAACAACCAAAUGGCAAUAGGGGGUGCCAUCAGUCAAUCCGAAAUUACACUACUCGUUUGGAAGGAUCAAAAACAAAAUGUGUGGUGGCUACAAUAUAACGGUGUGAUUCUUGGUUACUGGCCGACGACGAUAUUUACGCUGUUGAAAGAUUCCGCAUCAUUGGUGCAAUGGGGCGGAGAAAUAAUAAACUCGAGCCCUAACGGAAUGCACACUGGAACUGACAUGGGCAGCGGCAGUUUUCCGCAAGCAGGGCCGGGCAAAGCAAGUUACUUCCGAAACCUACAGCUGGUGAAUGAUGCCAAUACUUUAAUAUCUCCUCCUAAUAAUCUCGGCGGUAUUGCUACCAAUAAAGCUUGCUACAAUAUUAACGUUGGAGUUAAUAGUAACUGGGGAAAUUUCUUUUACUAUGGAGGUCCAGGAAAAAACCCUAACUGCCCAUAA